AUGGCGCUAGGCGACCCGGCCGACAUCUCGAUCACGCCGUCGACGUGGAACUACGUGGGCGCCGUGGCCAUCGUCGUCGCCGCAUGGUUCUUCCGCGUCGAGAUGAUCCGCGUGACGCUGCGGCUUCUCAUGCGUGGCCUCGCGGCGCAGCAGCGGUAUCGGAGCAUCGCCGGCGGCCUCCGCGAGUUUGAAAAGCUCGUCUUGUACCCGCUCUCGUAUGUGGUCUUUAUGGUCUUUGUGUGGAUCGCGCUCACGAUCACGAGCGCGCUCGAGCUCCCGACCGUCAACACGAUCGUGCAGAUUGGCAUUGGCAUCCCGAUGCUCUGGACCGUGCUGCAGCUCUGCAAGUUUCUCCACGUCAUGGUGUUGCGGCGCCAGGGCUGGGACGGCCACGACGACAACACGGGCAAGGUCAUGAUCGUCACGGAAGGCAUUGGCGUGCUGCAAUAUGUACUCUGCGCCGUCGUCUUCUACUACUUUUUCUUGAGCCAACUCCAAUUCGACACGGUCGAGAUCAUCACAACGCUCAUUUUGGUGCUCGAACUCCUCUUCCUCCUCAGCUCCCACACUUGGUUUCGCAAUGUCAUGGGCGGUCUCAUCCUCCUCAUUGACGAACCCAUCAAGAGCGGCAGUCACAUCAAGGUGCUCGAGAUCGAAGGCGUCGUCGAGCACAUGUACCUCCAGUUCUUUACCGUCCGGCAGUACGACCAAGGCCUCGCGAUCGUCCCGAAUGGCAUCCUUCUCACACACGAAGUCCACGUGCGCUCCAAGUCGCUCGACGCGCGCAUCGUCCUCGACGUCCACUUGGCGCACGAGACGCCGCCCGCUCACGUCCGCGCUUUUGUCCGCAACGCCGACCGCUUUCUGAGCCAGCACGCGCUCGCGUCGACGUCGUCGGCAGCCAAAGCGCAUGACGAGCACAUCACCGCAGCGAAGCUCUCGCUCACCCAAGUACUGCGGCGCGCGGUGUGCGAAAAGACGCUGCCGACUGCCGGCGCGACUACGAGUAGUUCGAGCACGAGUAGUACGAGCAAUGCCCACCCGGUUCGGUUUUGGGUCACGCUGGACGGUCUCUACCGUGUACAACUUGUCUACUACGUCCACGACCACAAGUUCAAGCACCUCAUUGUCGAGAAGCGCGAGUUGGCGCUGGGGCUCACGAGCUUGCUCUCGACGAUGGGCCUGUCACUCUACGAGCCGGCACCACCGACGAUGCCCAAGGCGCCGCCGUCCACGACACGGCUACCACCGAUCGCCGAGGCGUUCACCGACGACGACAACAGCAGUGUCGGUCGGCCCGAGAGCAGUCGACGAGACUCGGACGACAUGGAUGAGACGUCGGGGCCCUACCGACGUCGGCGCGGCCAACACGACACAAUGUCAACCUAA